GUGUGUGUGCAGAGAGACGGACAGUAGAGGAAAAUGAAAGCAGCUUCCAUCAUGGCGUCCUUCGUCCCGGAGCGAGGUCUGUCCCCCCCCACCACCGAACACUCCCUCCCCCAGCAGGAGCUCUCGUCUCUGGGCCUCGACCCGUCCGACUUCAGCCUCUACAGUCCUCCAGCUCCUCCAGAGUCCGGCCUGUCUGCCUCCUCGUGGAUCCCUCAGUCCAGCCUCCACGGGGACAACUACGUCUGCUUCUCCAGCCCGGACCAGGGCCCCGUCUCUGGGACCACAGGACUCCCAGUAGGACUCCCAGUAGGUCUUCCAGUAGGACUCCCACCAGGUCUCCCCCCGGCCCUCAUGGGCCUCCUCCCUCACCUCUACGGCCUCCAGAGGCCCCUGCUCCCCGGCUGCCCCUGGUUCUCCCUCUCCACCCCGGAGGAGGUGCUGCGUCUGGUCCGCCCGCCGUACUCUUACUCCGCUCUCAUCGCCAUGGCGAUACAGAGCGCGCCCGAGCAGCGGCUGACGCUCAGCCAGAUCUACCGGUACGUCGCCGACAACUUCCCCUUCUACAGCCACAACAAGGCUGGCUGGCAGAACUCCAUCAGACACAACCUGUCGCUCAACGACUGCUUCAGGAAGGUGUCCCGCGACGAGAGCGACCCAGGAAAAGGAAACUACUGGACUCUGGAUCCAAACUGUGAGAAGAUGUUCGACAACGGAAACUUUCGCCGCAAGAGGAAGAGGAAGGCGGAUAACGUGACCGGCGUUAAUACACCUUCCUCCUCCUCUUCCUCCUCUUCCUCCUCCUCCUCUGACUCAUCCUCGUCGGAGCCCAGCCCUAAACUUCCCAGCAUGCACUGCGGCGGCAGCACUGAGUUCCCUGCCCUCUCAGACGCUCCUCUCAGCAGCUUCCUGUGUCACCUCCAGGACUCCCUCCUCCCUCCUCUUCCUCCUCUUCCUCCUCACCCCGGCUCCUCCUCGCUGUACAUGCAGGUACCGGACCACGCCUCCCCCCCUCCUCCUCAGGGAUACUCUUACUCCCCCGGCGCCGUGGUUCCGCAGUGGGACACCUGCAGCUCCUCUCCUCCCUUCUACGCCUCGCUCCAUCACUCCUCCCCUCCUCCUCCUCCUCCUCUCCUCCCCUCCUCCCACUUGACUCCCCCACACUUCGACCCCCUGGCUGGCUCGCCGCCGCUCUACGUCGACCUGCAGACGGCGUCGUGUUUCCUGCCGGACCUGCAGGAGGCCCAGCAGCUCCAGGCCCAGUGCGGCCCUCUCUUCUCUGGAGGGUUCUCCGACGCUCUGCCCCUCGACCCUCUGGUUCUCCAGCAGUGACAGGAAGUGAUGCGACGCUUCCAGGAAACGUUGUGUGUUUACACGGAGAACUGAUGUGGAUCUAACUCUGAAUUCAAAGUCUGUAAAGUUUGUUAAAUGUUGUAAAGCAGCCAGAACACACUGAGCUGUGAAGUGUCAGAAUGUUUGUAUUUAUCUUUUUUCUUAAAGUUACAAAAG